UUGAGGGCCUCUUUCUCUCUCUCUCUCUCUUUCUGAGAAACUUGAAUCUUCCUUACCUCGCUCCAGAGUCUUUCCCUCUCUAUGAAAAAGGGAGCCAUUGUGCCACAGUUAGCCUCUAGUCUUCACGCUUUUUAAUGGGAGCUCCAGUCUUAAAUCUCACUGACAACAAGGACAACUUUUGGCUUUUUCAAAAGGGAGGGGGUUAUUUUUAGGCCUAAGUCCAUAUUGUUAACCGCAACCCAAAACAUACCAGUGGGAAUUUGCUAUCCCAAAGGAUGUUAUUUCAGAAUGGAGGCAUUGCUAGAAAUAAUGCAAAAGCAAGGACAAGGCAGAGGACUGCUGACUUCAUGUGAGGCUGAACUACAGGAGUUAAUGAAGCAGAUAGAUAUCAUGGUGGCUCAUAAGAAAGCUGAAUGGGAAAGCCAAACUCAGGCACUGGAGUCUUUCUUGGAUAUCCGAGAGCAAGAAUUGUCAGCUGUCAGGAAUACAUUGGAAGAGAAACACAAAGAGAUUGAGAGGCUGUGCCAGAGACUUGAAGGGAUUGAACAACUGAAUCAUGAUAUAACUGUGGAGUAUGAACAGGAGUUAAGCAAAGUCCAAGAAGAGCUAGCCAGACUAAAGAGGAGUUAUGAGAAAUUGCUGAAGAAACAAUUGAAAGAAGCUAGGCAGACUUCCAAGAGCCAAGAAAAUGAUCAAUCUGAUGUAAGCAUGCUGACCAAGAAAUUAGAGGAGUUCCGCCAAAAAUCUCUAGAUUGGGAGACACAGCGUUUGCACUACCAACAGCAUGUGGCAUCGCUGGAAGCCCAGAGGAAGGCAUUGGCUGAGCAGUCUGAACUCUUUCAGACCCAGUUGUCCAGUCGGAAGGAAAUGCUGGAGUCUGUUGAACUAGCAAGCAAAUCUGAAAUCUAUCACUUAACCAGCAAACUGGAAAUAGCCAAUGAUACUAUCUGUGCCAAUGAACUGGAAAUGAAGCGACUGAAUAUGAGAGUAGAUGAUUUGACUGAUAAAAACAAGAAGAUUUUGGAAGAACAACAAAGACUCACAGAGGAAUUGAAAAUUUCCCAGCACUCACUGGAGGUUCUGCACAAUGAAAAGAUGGAACUCAGAGCCACUGUUUUGUCUCAGGAGGACUUCAUUAAUAGCUUGGAGGUUCAUAAUGAAGAGUUACAGCAGGAGAUACUCAGGUUAUCUGAAAAGCUACGAUCUAAAGAAGCUCUCCUCCGCAUGGGAUCUGCAAAAGCAAAGAGCAUCCAGUCAGAUGAACAAGUAAUGGAAAAGAACUGGGAACUACAGCUGGCUGAAGAGCGCCUCUACCAGGCCGACGUGGAAAUGAAAAAGCUAAAGGAGCAACUAUUACACAAGGAACGAAGUCAUAACUUUGAAUUGGAGGGCGUGAAGCAGGAGGUUACCCAGCUAGCAAGGGAACUGCAGCAGCGCGACAUCAGAAUCGCCUCAUCUAGUGGUUCUGCUUUGAGCUUGGAGCAACAGUUAAAAACAGAAAUAGAAAAAACAGAGCGGAAAGCAGUGGAGCACAGGGCUAUCCAUUCUCAGUUGGAGACGCUCAGACAAGAAAAUCAGCACCUCUCUGAAAUGCUGCAAAAGGUAAAAAACACCCCAGUAGCAGAACUCCAUGAAAGUUAUACCAAGGCCCUAAAUAAAGUGGAGUCUGAGAAGCAGCAACUACAGAAGGAACUAGCAGAAACUAGAGCUCUCUUGGAGACCUCAUCUCACAUCUCCCAAGACCAGUAUGAGAGUAUUGUGAAGGAGAUGCAGCAUCAGGUGACUGAGUUAAAGAAUAAAGACAGCAGAAAAAUUCAAGAGCUACAGUGCAAGCAUGAGGAAGAAGUAAGACUUCUCCAGGCUAGAUUUGAAAAGGUUGUUCAGCACUAUGCAGAGGAACUCCAGAAGAUGCAACAAUUGUCAGCCAAAGUCUCUCUUUCUAAUCCAGCCAUUGAACAGUCACCUCCUGUCAGCAGGAACCACUCUGUGGAAUCUCUAUCCUAUAGUCCCCUUCUGAGAUCGGAUGCCUUGUCACAUGAAAACAAGGAAUUUAUUUGCGCUCCAGCAAGCUACUGUGACGAAGAAUUUUUGCCUUUGAGCCCCCAUCAGAUUGCAAACCUUGGGGCCGUUGUUGCCAAGUUUUUCAAAGAAGAAGAAAAACGAACUUACCACAUUGUGGAAUGCAUAGAUGCACAUAUUGAGGAACUGAAAAGAGAGAGUGAAAGAACAGUGCAACAGUUUGUGCACCAAAAAUGACAUUGCUUCAGUUUCCAUGGAUUGGAAAAUUUGCUUAAUUUAAGAUGUUUUAGGCAAAGGGCACAAGCUGGUUAUCAUCCAGGGAGCCCCGAAGAAUUCAGUAGGGGGCUUCCUCUUUCUUUGUCCUAAGUUUUCGAUGACCAUGAAAUUAUGAUAAUGAUGCUUGAGGCAAAACAUGGCAGCAAUUGCACUACUACAGAAAGCCUUAUUUGCCUUAAAUGUGUCCUGGAGUCCUUGAGUAUGCAGUGACCUUCAAAUGGGAAUGAUGUAGACAGCUCUAUCAAGAAGAAUGUAAAGUUUAUUUUAUGAAUAUAUGUAAAGAAAUAAAAUGAGAAAUAUA